AGAGAUAGGUAAAGUGAGCAGCGUCGGUCGCGCUUCAAUCAAACAUCCGGGUGCUUAAAAGCGCAGAAGCACCGCUGCAGCUGCGUUUCCGCGUUGACUGAGCGGAGAGAGUGGAGGGGAGGGGAACGGCGAGAGCGAGCGAGCAGCGGAGACGCAGUGGGACACAGAGUCGGAGAAAAAUUGCAAAGACGCACCACAGCCACACAACAAAUAAAUAGAGAAUCGAACAUUGAGCGUCAAGGAGCCCGACCCGAGUGGUGCGCGGCCGAAACCCUUUUCACUAUGUAAAACCACCAGCUAAAAUGUGAGAUUUACGGAGGACAUCAGAAGAGAGCGAGAGAGUGGCUUUACCCCGUUAUCUUUAGCGGGUUAUCUCUAUUUUGCUUUCCGUUGUCAUCGCAGUGUUUCUGGGGUAAAAUGAAGAAGUUUAACAUCAGGAAGGUGCUGGACGGCCUAAAGGAGCAGGCGUCUUCCUCUGUUUCGUCUGGCCAGUCGGGGGCCCCGGAGAACAAUUUGAUGCACGAGACCCUUCAGUCCGAGAAUUUUCAGCUCUGCAAGACUGUCCGUCAUGGCUUCCCCUAUCAGCCGUCGUCCAUGGCCCAUGACCCAGUCCAGAAGAUCCUGGCCAUUGGGACCCAGAGCGGUGCCCUCAGACUGUUUGGUCGUCCAGGUGUGGAGUGCUACUGUCAACAUGAGAGUGGAGCAGCCGUCAUCUCGCUACAGUUUCUCAUCAAUGAGGUGUUGUAUGGGAUCACAUUCGUCCACCUGCCAUUCCAGAGUAAAUGGCUGUACAUUGGCACAGAGAAAGGAAACAUCCACAUCGUCAACGUGGAGUCGUUCACACUCUCAGGCUACGUCAUCAUGUGGAACAAAGCCAUCGAACUAUCCUCCAAGGCCCACCCAGGUCCUGUGGUCCACAUAAGUGACAACCCCAUGGAUGAGGGAAAGCUUAUCAUUGGAUAUGAGGCUGGAAUUGUGGUCUUGUGGGAUCUGAAAUCUAAGAAAGCAGACUACCGCUACACUUACGACGAGGCGAUCCACUCGGUUGCCUGGCACCAUGAGGGCAAGCAGUUCAUCUGUAGUCCACUCAGACGGAACGCUCACCAUAUGGAACAUCAAGGGCCAGGGCAAGCCAUUCCAGACAUCACCCACAUGGAGAAACCUUAUACGUGA